CCACAAUGCCCCGCGGCCGCCUGUCCCGCCGCGCACGCGCGUCACCUCGGGUAACCUCCCGCCGCCGCCGCAAGAGGGGACGCGGGGCGACGCUCGGCGGGAGGCUGUUUUGGUGACGCGGUCAGCGUGCGACGCGCGGGCCGGAUGGGCGCGGAGCCGGGGCCCGGUAACACGAAUGUGGAUAAAAUGAAUAAAGUGGAUUUGGAGAGUAAGUAUCCCCAGUGGAUGCGUGCACGUAACCAGGAGGGCAUUUUGAGUGAUAAGAAGACACCUAAUGUUCAGAGGAGCAUUUUGGAAGAUGGGCUGCCAUUCCUAGAGUUCCGUGGCUCCAUCAUUUACAGCUAUGAAGCCAGUGACUGCUCCCUUCUCUCAGAAGACAUCAGGCAGACUUUAUCAGAUGGGGCUGCAGUUGGAUUUGAUAUUGAAUGGCCGCCAUCAUACACUAAGGGAAAAACGGCUAAAAUAGCUGUAAUCCAAAUAUGUGUAACCGAGGAAAAAUGUUAUUUGUUUCACAUCUCUUCAAUGUCAGGUUUCCCCAAGGGACUCAAAAGGCUGCUGGAAGAUGAAACAAUUAAAAAGGCUGGCGUAGGAAUUGAGGGAGAUCACUGGAAGCUGAUGAGUGACUUUGAAGUCAAACUGAAGAGCUUUGUGGAGCUGGCUGACAUUGCUAAUGAGAAACUGAAGUGUAAGGAGGUAUGGAGUCUAAAUGGCUUGGUAAAACACCUCUUUGGAAAGCAGCUUCUGAAAGAUAAGUCUAUCCGCUGUGGCAACUGGGUAAAGUUUCCACUCGAUGAGGAGCAGAAGUUGUAUGCAGCCACAGAUGCUUAUGCUGGCUUCAUCAUUUAUCAAAAACUGAAAAAUAUGAAUAGCACUGACAGGAAAUUAUUUGGGGAAAGAAGAGAUGACGCGUUGUCAGACGAUGUGAAGGAGCGCUUGACUUCGCUAGCUGAAGAGAUGGUAUACCUGGCUUCCAAGAUCUCUGAUUCUUCUGGACAACUCAGAAAUUUGCAGAGGUCUGCAGAAAUAUUAGCUGACAUAUCAGAGAACGUAAAAGCCUUAGGAAGUACACUCUUAGCUGGUUCAAGUUCUCCUUCUGUACUGGAGAGGAGCUGUGGUGCAACUCCAACCAAACCUGAAGCAAAGUCAAUGAAUGCUGAAGCACAAAAAGGUGAAUUGCCUGAAUUUGCUAAAAAGCUUGAAGGUGACUUCAACAUCUGCUCUGAUGCUACACUAGCUGGCCUCUGGGAGGGAGAAGUUGAUGAAGGUGAAGCAGAGGGAGGUAACGCUGUUGUUGAAGAUGGGACUACAGCAGCUGGCUCUAAGAACUCAGCAGACGGAGAUGACUUCAUGUCAUUAGACUUUAAUGAACAAGAACUACAGAUAUUGGAGCGUCAGGCUGCAGAAGAAGUUCUCAAUAAAGCUGUGCCUGAGGAGGAAUGCCCAAUAGACAAUGAACAAAAUACUUCCUGUAUCAUUGAAAGUGAUGAAGAACUGGAAAUGGAGAUGCUUAAAUCUUUAGAAGAUGUGGACAAUUCAAAAGAAAUUUUAACUGAAAUGGAGUCCAGGAAAACUCCGGACACAGAAUUGAAUGUUGCACCAGAUGAGGAUGAAGAUGAAGUCAUCGAAGAGGAGGAGGAGAAAUGUUGGGAUCCGUUGCUGUCAGUACCUAGUGAAAUCCACAUCUCAUGUCUGAAGAUGUAUUUUGGGCAUUCUUCUUUUAAACCGGUUCAGUGGAAAGUGAUACAUUCUGUUUUAGAAGACAAAAGAGACAAUCUUGUUGUCAUGGCAACUGGAUAUGGGAAAAGUUUGUGCUACCAGUUUCCUCCUGUUUAUACUGGAGGUACAGGAAUAGUCGUCUGUCCUCUUAUUUCCUUGAUGGAGGACCAAGUUCUGCAGCUGACAAUGUCAGGGAUUUCAUCUUGCUUGCUUGGUUCGGCUCAGUCAAAAGACGUCAAAGACAGCAUUAAAGCGGGUCUAUACAGAGUCAUAUACAUGACGCCAGAGUUCUGUUCAGUGAAUUUAGAGCUACUUCAGGAUAUUGACCAAACUAUUGGUAUUGCUCUCAUAGCUAUUGAUGAAGCUCAUUGCAUUUCUGAGUGGGGCCAUGACUUCAGAAAUUCCUUUAGAAAGCUAAACUUAUUAAAGAAGGCUCUACCAUCGGUUCCCAUUGUUGCUUUAACAGCAACUGCAAGUCCCUCGAUUAGAGAAGACAUAGUAAAUUGUCUGAACCUAAAGAAUCCUCAGAUCACGUGUACUAGCUUUGACAGACCUAAUCUGUACUUAGAAGUUGGACGACAGAGUGGAAAUAUUCUUAGGGAUUUGAAACAGUUCCUUAUUAGGAAAGGAAGCAGUUCUACGUAUGAGUUUGAAGGCCCCACUAUUGUCUACUGCCCUUCAAGAAAGGCCACUGAACAAGUUGUGUUUGAACUGAAUAAACUUGGUGUGACUUGUGGUGCAUACCAUGCUGGCAUGGGAAUUCAAAAAAGGAGAGAUACCCAUCACCAGUUCAUGCGGGAUGAAAUUCAGUGUGUUGUGGCUACAGUGGCAUUUGGAAUGGGCAUCAAUAAAGCAGAUAUCCGGAUGGUUAUUCAUUAUGGUGCCCCUAAGGAAAUGGAAUCCUAUUAUCAAGAAAUUGGAAGAGCUGGUCGUGAUGGGCUUCCUGCUUCUUGUCACGUCUUGUGGACUGCAGCAGACUUGGUUUUAAACAGGCGUCUUCUAAGUGAGAUACACAAUGAAAAGUUCAGAUUGUGCAAACUGAAGAUGUUAGAAAAAAUGGAGAAGUACCUUUCCUCAAACAGCUGCAGAAGAAAAAUCAUCCUGUCUCAUUUUGAAGAUAAACAACUCCGAAAGGUCUCCUCUGGCAUUAUGGGCACAGAAGAGUGCUGUGAUAAUUGCAGGUGCAGAACAUCUUGUUUGGCAACCUCCAGUGAUUCAGAAGGUGGUUUACAGGACUUUGGAAAGCAAGCAUAUCAGCUGCUUUCUGCAGUAAGCGCCCUGGAAGAGAAGUUUGGAACUAGAGUUCCCAUUUUGUUUCUCCGAGGUUCUAAUUCUCAGCGUCUGCCAGACAGAUACAGGAAACACCCUCUGUACGGUAGUGGAAAAGACUGGACAGAGAACUGGUGGAAAUCACUCAGCCAGCAGCUGAUAUUGGAAGGAUUCCUCAGAGAAGUCUCUGGGCGUAGCAAGUUUGCAACAACAUGUGGGCUCACCCAGAAGGGUAGAAAUUGGCUUUUGAAAGCUGGAUCUGUCUCAAAUCCAAGUCUUCUGUUACAAUCCAAUGAAGACUUAAACCUACAGAGAACUCCUAGAAGCAGCAGACCUUCACCUGCGGUCUCAAUGCAGCGUUCCCCAGACAUGAAAGGAACAAAGCAGUCACCAGUUAAGCAGAUGUCUUUGUAUGAAAUGUUUGCAUAUGAGAGAAAAGCUGGAACUUUUCCAAGAAGCAAUACCAUGAUUAACAGUCCCACAGAGCACUCACCAGUGAAAUCUCCUUUGAGGUCCCGAGUACCCAUUGUUUCAUCCCAAGAAAAUGAACUAGAGACUGCUCUCUAUGGCAAGUUGCUGACUGCUAGACAGAAGGUAGCUAAUGAGAAGGUAAUUCCUCCUGCUGUCUUGGCAACCAAUAAGAUCCUGGUGGAGAUGGCCCGAACGAGGCCUACAACUGUUGAAAACGUGAAAAGAAUUGAUGGUGUAUCUGAAGCCAAAUCGACAAUGUUGGGCCUUCUCCUGGCUGAGAUUAAGGACUUCUGCCAAGCAAACGGUUUGCAGACGGACAUAUUCCCCAAACCUGAAUCUACAGAUCAGAAAGAGACAUCUCCUUGGAAGAACACUAAAGCUCUGUCUCCCUCAGAGCAUGUCACCUAUGUCCUGUUCCAAGAGAAAAAUCUCUCCCUGAGGACUAUCAGUGAGACCAGAUCUCUGCCUCUUACUGAGGUUGGCACACACUUGUUCCAAGCACUGAAAGCUGGCUAUCCUGUCAAUCUGGAACGAGCAGGUUUGACUCCUGAAGUUCAGCAGAUCAUUUCUGAUGUUAUCCGUAAUCCUCCUAUUGACUCAGACACCACCAAAACUCAAGCAAUUAGAAAACUUGUUCCUGCAAAUAUCGAACUGUAUCUCAUCCAGAUGACUAUUGCAUUGUUGGAGAAAAAGGAUGGCAGUAAAUCUAAGUAUGGUUCAGGUGCCAAAAGGAUGCUGGUGUUGUCAGACGGACAGCAGGAAAAGACAGAAGCAGACAAGACAAGUAGGGGCAAAGCUUUGUGGAAUGGAAGAAAGGAUAACUUGACCAAUCCUACACUGAAAGAAGGAGAUGAAAAAAAACAUCUGCAAGUGGUGCCCUCAGCUUUGGCCACCUGGAGCACAGAUGAUGCUCAGCCAGCUAACAGGGGUACAGCAGACCACACAGAGCCCAUCCAGUUGGCCUCCAGGAACCAGACAGCCCUCAGUACUAACAAAGAACUGUUUGCUGACACUAAGCCAAAGAGCUCCGAGCCCCCGGGUAAGAGGAAGGUGCCUGCAUGGUUCGGAGCCUCAGCAGCCCCUGUUCUCCCUGUGCCCCAGACCAAGAAGCCCAAAGCAGAUACAAGAAGAGGGAUCUUCAACUGAAGAUUAGUUUUUGUAAGAACUGUUUUCUAAGAUGUGUACAAAAUGCUGGGUGUAUUACAACAGCGGCUCUUUUACGUGAACCAGUGAUGCCUGAUCCCUUUUUUCUUCCUCCUUUGCGUGAGGCAUUUAAACUGAAAACCAAUUCUGUGCUAUUUUUCACUGUGUGAAAUCUGUCAUUAAACCAGUCCGAGGCAGCAGCUUGCA